AUGUUAGAAGGAGCUAAAUCAAUAGGUGCUGGAGCUGCUACAAUUGCUUUAGCGGGAGCUGCUGUCGGGAUUGGAAACGUUCUCAGUUCUUCGAUUCAUUCUGUGGCGCGAAAUCCUUCAUUGGCUAAACAAUCAUUCGGUUAUGCCAUUUUGGGCUUUGCUCUCACCGAAGCUAUUGCAUUGUUUGCCCCAAUGAUGGCCUUUCUGAUCUCAUUCGUUUUCCGAUCGCAUAAAAAGAAAGGAAAGUUCAAACUUAAGUAG